AUGAACGGAAUUCAGGUCGAUAUAAAUGGAUUGAAAAGGGGGGAAGUCAAUUUGGGAACUUCUAUUAUGGCUGUUACCUUCAAAGAUGGCGUCAUAUUAGGCGCAGACUCGCGUACGACUACGGGUGCGUACAUUGCAAAUCGUGUAACUGAUAAACUGACUAGAGUACAUGAAAAGAUUUGGUGCUGCAGGUCGGGAUCCGCCGCUGAUACACAAGCGGUAGCUGAUAUUGUUCAAUAUUAUUUGGAUCUUUAUACGACUCAAUUCGGUGAACCUUCAACAAAGGCAGCUGCCUCCAUUUUUAAGUCUCUGUGUUACGAGAACAAAGACAAUCUCACGGCAGGUAUCAUUGUAGCAGGGUAUGAUGACAAAAAUAAGGGUGAGGUGUACAGUAUACCACUUGGUGGAUCAAUUCACAAACAACCAUACGCAAUUGCGGGCUCUGGGUCGACCUUCAUCUAUGGCUAUUGUGACAAAAAUUUCAAGGAUAAUAUGGCCAAAGACGAAGCCAUUGAUUUCAUCAAACACUCCCUAUCCCAGGCUAUAAAAUGGGAUGGCUCGUCAGGUGGAGUUAUAAGGAUGGUAGUGCUAACCGCUGAGGGAGCCGAACGCUUAAUUUUCUACCCAGAUGAUUACGAGCAGUUAUGA